UUUGCGGCAAUUGGUUGGUGUGAACUGUGAAGAAUCUGAUCCUGCUCUGUAUGGCAACUAGGGAUGCCAUUGGCAACGGGGCAACGGCAGGUUUGACAGGUUUGGCUUUGCCGAUGGUGUUGGUAGCCUACUCUACUCGCUACUGCCGCCGGUGCCAUUCUGUUCGCCCUCCUCUGGCGGUCAAAUUAAUCGAUACUCACGGCGUUUCCAAGAUUCCGAUCGUGCUGUCCGAUUAUGGUAUGCACAAGAGUCCAAAGCAUGAUUCUCCAAAAAAAAAAAAAAAAUCCAAAGCAUCGUCACAAGGCCGGCAGCCGGCUUCGGGUAGGAGGAAAGGCCAAGGGGUCAGAAAAGGACCGGCAUACUCGUACGUGCAAGGCAGGCAGGCAACUGCGUGGAUGGGUCAGAAUCUGAUUCGACUCGUUGAGAAGAUGAUGCUUGAUGGUUGCCUCGACGAAAGCACGAAAGCUAGGACCACCUCCAUCGCCGGCGAGGCCAGGUCGAUCGCCGCCGCCGGCCGUGGUCGAGCAGCUGGGAGAUUGAUUGAUCAUUGAUGAGCGGCAAGUUCUACUGCAUGACGGUGAGGAUGAACAUCGACUGCAACGGGUGCUACCAGAGGAUCAGGAGGGCGCUCCUCCACAUGCAAGGUCAGCAGGAAAAGAAAAACCAACCAAACGGGGGAGGAGAACCAUGAUGCUUCCUCUUGAUCAGAAAUUCAGAAGCAACUUGUUACUGAUCUGGUUUGUCUCGGAAUGUUUGCCUGAUGUGAUGACGAUGGUCACGAGCUCGGUGGUUCGCCCAUGCCUUCUCCUUGGCCCUGCUACAUCGCUACCGGUGGCGAAAGUGCACACCCUUUUUACCUUAGAGCACAGUGUUCGCCACACCGGAACCAACAGCGCAACCAGCUGCAAGCUCACUCUGUUACUGAACCCCCAACUAACCACAAGGACGAGAUCCGGUGCAGAAGUCACUGCGGUUCUGAUAAUCUCUGUUGGAUGGAGAAAGAUCGUUGAGGACUAUACUCUGGUAGUCUGAUGAACGCGCUAGAGAGAAGGACCGCGACGCGACGGCAGGGUUUAUGAUCCCGGACCUGCACAUCAGCACAUGCUCGGUGCCCAGCCUUCCAAGGCAUCCAGACCAACAAGGUGACCUCUGAAAACGUAAGUGCCAAGAUAACGAACGAAGAGAUUAACUGAAGAGAACGAAGUGUCUGAUAACGGAUUCGGUACUGAACUGAAGUUGAUACCGUGAAGACGAAAGGAAAGAUCAUUGCGCAAUCAGCGCCACGAGCAAUCGCAUCUGUGAUCUGUCGCGGCGGCGGCGGCGCGGUGGUGCGAGCCCUCACCUGUCACCAAGAACUGGUGCCCACUGGCCACCAAACCAUAGCAGCCGUCAAGCCCGGGGCGCAGCUGCCGUUCUGCUCACCCUCGGCAGGCACCAGCCGGGCAUGGUAACUCGGGGGGGUUUCUUGGAGUGGCGUUAAAGCCAGCAGAGGUGGAUGGGCAGCAGUGCAGGUGCAGACACAGAGAAACCAACGAACCCAUUCACUCGCCGGCAGAAGCUGUGGGUUACCGGCCUGGACAGCAAGUGUUUCCGCACACACGUACGCCCCCCCAUCUCAUGAUCUCAUUCUCAUUUCACUCCCGUGUCCCGUCCUGUUCCUUCUUUUGUCGCGGCCAUUGAGAGCUCGUCGGCACGGCGAGGAGCUUCUUCUCUAUCCCCCUCUUUCGCCGGUCCAUGAUCGGCAGCGACAAAAGAUGGGCUUGGGGACGAAGUGCGUCUUGCUCCUCCUCUCUGCAUCCCUCAUGCUCCUCCUGCUCAACUUCCAGGUCCUGGAUGGGGCGCUCCGUCUGGGGACCAAUGAGCGCUUCGAUGCCGGUGUCGUCGUGGCAGUGACCGGCCAUGUCGCUUCCGGUCUCGGCUCUAGGUUCAGGAUGCUGGUGGGCUUGGAUCACCGUCGCCCACGACACCUGAGGCAUCACAAGAGUUCUGCAACUCCGGCUCCGGCACCUACAACAAUGGCUCAUGAAGCAAGAGCACCACCAGCUCCAGUUCCUGCUCCUCUUCCCCACACAAGUCACAGCAGGGCGCCACUCAGAAACCACGGCCACGUUGCUCCAGUGAGAAGCGUGGAGCGCAGACUGGGUGGCAGAGGCCACAAGAGGCUCUCGAAAGCCGCCAUCGUGGCUAUGGCUGCGGUUGGGGCGUGCCUGCUUGUUCUCGGAGUCGCCAUUGCCGCGGUCUCAAUCAGGAGAUCAAGGAAGCUUCAGAGGAAGCCAUUGAAGCUGUCGUUACAUGGAUCCAGAGCUCACAGGUCGCCUUGUGCUACCAUGAAGGUCAGUUCCCAUCCUAGCCCGGAUCUGCUGUUCCUGAGUUCUGCUGUCCAGUGUCAGGUGGACUAUCCAACCCUCAAAGAAUCUUCAGAAUGUAAGAGCUUAUCCGCUCUUACCACUCCCACAAAAAGUGCGGAGUUAAUCGUAAGCGAUUGUACUGUGAAAACCAACGUCGACUUGCAGUCUGACGAGGCUGAUUCUUUCCAUUCAGUACCCUGUUCUCGCUCGUCAGGUGGCUCCAUUGAAGAGUCACCACUGCAAAUCUGCGAUAAAACUGUCACAUAUCCUCCAUGUUCUCCACACACAGAUGAUUCACCAUCUGGUUCAUCAUAUCAAUCACUAUCACCAGAUUUUAGAUCUCGAUUCUCUCCAGCGACUCCAAUUUCAGCAGCUUCUGAUCGCAAUCAAGAAACUGCAGAAACAGCCAGCACUUCUGGAUCCAUGGCACAUCCUGAAUCCCCACGAGGUGAGCAGGACAACUCAAAUCAGUUCAUGAAUUCAUCCUCAGGAUACGGAGCUACUUGCAAUGCUACAGAGAUCCCACCCUCCAAAACAAGCACAGCAUUUAGUGUGUCAAAUGAAAAAUUCAAUUUGGAUUCUAAGGAGACCUCAAGGAGUUCAGCUGAAGGGGCAAAUUUCAAACCAUCCAGUCCAACGAAUGUACUGAAAUUGCCACCACCCCCUCCGAAAUCACCGCCACCCCCUCCACCGCCAAACAAACCAUCUUCAUCUUCAAGUCUUAAAGGGCAGAACUCUGGCCAGCCUCCUCUCCCACCUCCAUUACCGAUUCAGGUGCAGGUUGGCAAAGAUGGAUUACCCCUUCCAAGGUUGAAACCUCUGCACUGGGACAAAGUAAGAGCAGCUCCAAACCGCUCCAUGGUGUGGAAUGACAUUCAGUCAAGUUCCUUUGAGUUCGAAUUUGAUGAGCAGAUGAUCAAGUCCUUGUUUGCAUACAACUUUCAAGGCCCAGCAAAAAAUGAGGACACCACGAACAAGACUCUAUCUACCAGCAAACAUGUUAUUGAGCACCACAAACUUCAAAACACUACCAUAUUGUUGAAGACCUUAAAUGCAAGCACUGAACAAGUCUGCAAUUCAAUAACAGAAGGUACUGGAUUAUCCGUGCAGCAACUGGAAGCUCUGGUCAAGAUGAAACCAUCCGAUGAAGAAGAGAAAAAACUGAUGGAUUAUGAUGGGGACAUCAACAUGUUGGAUCCAGCAGAGAACUUUGUCAAGGUGCUAUUGGCAAUACCAAUGGCAUUUUCAAGAAUUGAGGCGAUGCUGUACAAGGAAACUUUUGAUGAUGAAGUUGCUCAUCUCAGAAUGUCCUUCACAUUGAUUAAAGGAGCCUGCAGUGAACUAAGAUCCAGCAAAUUAUUCUUAAGAUUACUGGAAGCAGUACUCAAGACAGGGAACAGAAUGAAUGUUGGAACAAUAAGAGGAGGUGCAAGUGCUUUUAGACUCGACGCACUGCUGAAACUGUCAGAUAUACGUGGAGCUGACGGAAAGACAACCCUCCUCCAUUUUGUUGUCCAAGAGAUGGUAAGAUCACAAGGAUUAAAGGCUACAGAUAAGAUUGGUGGGACACCUCGACCAUGUAACGCCACACCAGCAGGGCGAGAAGAGUAUUUGGAAAUGGGUACAGAAUUUGUGUCUGAGUUAAGUAAUGAGCUUGUCAAUGUCAAGAAGGUAGCAAGCAUAGACCUGGAUACCUUAAAAAGUUCAAUCUCCAAUCUUUCACAAGGAUUGGCUCAACUAAUUAGGCUCAUCAGAAAGGACCUUUCCUGCAAUGACAGGAACCAGAACUUCCUACAUUGCAUGAAAUUGUUCCAAACUCAUGCAGAGAAUACAAUGCAGAAACUCAAUGUCGCUGAAUCCGAGGUCCUACAGCAGGUCAGAGAACUCACAGAGUAUUAUCAUGGAGAGGUUGGCAAGAACGAGUCCAAUCUCCUCCACAUAUUUGUAAUCAUGAGAGAUUUUCUUGGUUUGCUAGAUAGGGUGUGCCGAGAGAUGAGAGGUUCAAAGCACAUCCAACAUCUGAACAUAGUCCUUCCACUCAGGUAAUACUUUGAUGAUCAGACUUCAGACUAGCCAGCUUAACAUUAACAAAUUAACCUUUUUGUGUGACUGUGUGUAUAGUUAUUAGAUUGAGAUGGGUUGCUGGGUUGGUAUCAACUAUGGAGAGUUUGUACAUGUGCAGAGUUGUAUUAGAAUGAUGUUGGGUUGGAUUGCAUGGUUUUCAGUUUGUUAAAUCUACUCACAACCUAACACUGAACAA